AUGCAUAUAUGCCAGCUUGUAGUGCUUGAGUUCUUUGCCAAGGACUUAACCGAAAACCCACGCAACAAGCUGUGUCCAAAGAAUCUACGCCCAUGGCGCGACUUUCUCGAGCAGCAGCGAACCACUCUAGGGGCCCUCUACGGCACCUUCCCGGUCUCUGAUCGGCGUUUCGAAUCUCGGGGCUUUUUGACGGGCCUCGGCCAGCGAAUUGCCAAGCGACCGAUAUCUUGCGAAAAGACGCUCGAAUAUUUCCUGCACAACAGCGUCGAAGAUCCAGUGCGAGAGAUUUUCGAUCAAUUGCGGGAUGUGGACCAAGUGCGGCACGAGUUUGGGAUCGGUAACGGCAUUGUCUUUGAGAACCACCCCAAUGUGAUCAGCGAUGUUGCGGAGGAGGUUGUCGACCGGCAGGCCUCUUCGAUACCGCCACAGACGCCCGAUCAAGGGAAAGAUCCGGGACGCAUCCGGCCCGACCAGAUAUGCGUAUACCGGUUUGACGACGAGCUCUCCACACGGCGUACCAUGCUGUAUGUGUCCGAAUACAAGGCCCCGCACAAGCUGACCGCUCCACACCUGCGCGUCGGUCUGCAUCCCAUGAAUAUCUUCAAAGACGUGGUCAAUCGGAAAACAAUACCUACCGCGGCCGAUCCCGACGGUCGAUUCCAGUACCAUGCCGAGAGGCUCACCGCUGCGGCCAUCACACAGACCUACAACUACAUGAUCGAGGGAGGUCUCGAGUACGGGUUGCUGACUACCGGCGAGACCAUUGUAUUCCUGCGAGUAGACGGGCGAGAACCCGGCACACUCUUGUACCAUCUAGCAGAGCCCGCUUUUGAGGUGGCAGCGCAAUCGGGGGAACACCACGCUUGCACCGCAGUUGGCCAGUACCUGGCAUUCAGCCUGAUGGCUCUCGGCCCGCCAGGGAACCCACCCAAUGUUCGAUCGCAGGAUGAGCGGCAGCGUGUGAUCUUGGGGCUGAGGCGAUGGGCAGAGGACUUUGAGACGACAUUACGAUCUAUUCCCCGAGACGAGCGAUACGCUCCGAGCGGCUCAAGCUACGGCUCGCUGUAUGCGCCGACGACUUAUGCAGGCAUCAGCCGGUCACCGCGCGUGCCUCGAACAAGACCGAAACGUUGGGCUCAGGAAGAGGACCGUCCAGGUGUGCAGCCAAGAUUUAGAGACCGGGACGACGAGUCUUCGUCGGAUGAGUCCUUGCCUCCGAUGCCGGACACGCCGACACCGUCUGAGCCGCGGUCGAGUAGUCAGAGCCAAGGCCCACGGCGCAGCCAGCGCAUUCUGGGCCGAGCGCCGCGCGGGGAAGCUUCACAAGAGCGACAGUACUGCACACAGCGAUGUCUUCUAGGACUGGUCAGAAGAGGUCGGCUUGACGCAAAGUGUCCCAACGUUCUCUUGCACCGGCAGGCUAACCUUGCAGCUGCUGAUCAUCUGAUCGACCGUGACGAGUUCCUCCGGCUCCUAUUUCAGCAGCUGCAGGAGUCUCUUGACCACGGGAUCAGUCGUCUAGAUGUAGGCGGAUCUCGCGGCGUGCUGUUCAAAGUAAGUCUGAUGGCCUACGGCUACACUUUCGUCGCCAAGGGCACGGUAUCUGCUUUCAUUCGCGACCUAGAACACGAAACAGCCAUCUACAAACACCUCGAAGGACUUCAGGGGUCUCAGGUGCCGGUCUGCCUGGGCGCGAUAGAUCUUCGCGACAUGGGCAGGAUUUAUUACUACGACCAUCGGGUCUACAUCGAAUACCUGUUGCUUCUCUCGCAUGGCAGUCCGAUUGACGAAGCGGUUCGUGCUGGUGAGGUCAAACGUUGUCUGAGGGCGAUACAUCGGGCGUGCGUGGUGCAUCGGGAUGUGCGUCGUACCAAUGUGCUACGCAAUACCGACACAGGGGAGCUCAUGCUGAUUGACUUUGAGCGUUCUGUCGCAGGGGUCGAGUUCCCUGAGAAAGACGUCUUUGCAGUGCCCGCGGCAUGUGCCUACAAGCCACGAAAGACGCAUGUCGCUGCUGGCAUGGCUGCUUCAUUCAAAACUGUACCCACGUCUGGAUGA